CAAGAAAACCCUCUUCUUUAUGUGACGACUGCAACGGCAGCAGAGCCAAGGCACAUCUCGAUUCGCGAUCGAAUCACAUGGCUCGCUACGACCGCGCCAUCACCGUCUUCUCCCCCGAUGGCCAUCUCUUCCAGGUUGAGUACGCUCUAGAAGCUGUUCGCAAGGGAAACGCCGCCGUCGGCGUCCGUGGCACCGACACCAUCGUUCUCGGCGUCGAGAAGAAAUCCACUCCAAAGCUCCAAGACUCCCGAUCAGUGCGUAAGAUCGUGAACUUGGACACCCACAUCGCGCUGGCGUGCGCGGGACUCAAGGCAGAUGCCCGCGUGCUCAUCAACCGUGCUCGGAUCGAGUGCCAAAGCCACCGCCUCACCGUAGAGGAUCCUGUCACGGUCGAGUACAUCACUCGCUACAUCGCCGGCCUGCAGCAGAAGUACACACAGAGUGGAGGUGUCCGGCCCUUUGGGCUCUCCACGCUCAUCGUUGGGUUUGACCCGUACACUGACGUGCCUGCGCUAUACCAAACAGAUCCCUCCGGGACCUUCUCAGCUUGGAAGGCGAACGCUACAGGAAGGAACUCGAACUCGAUGCGGGAAUUCCUGGAAAAGAACUAUACGGAGACUUCCGGACAGGAGACAGUGAAGCUGGCUAUUAGGGCACUGCUUGAAGUGGUGGAGAGUGGAGGAAAGAACAUAGAAAUUGCAGUAAUGACCAAAGAGAAGGGUCUUCGUCAACUUGAAGAAGCCGAGAUAGAUGCUAUUGUCGCUGAGAUAGAGGCAGAGAAAGCUGCAGCUGAGGCUGCAAAGAAGGCCCCUUCUAAAGAUUCCUAAACUUUGUUGUUCUGAUGAUAUGCUUUCUAAUUUUGAAACUUGGAAUUUGUAUGUGAACUUAUCUACAUUUUCAUUUGAUCCCUAAAAUUAAGUUUGCCCUGGCAACUUAUUCAA